GUUCGGAAUUCCAGAGACGAGCCACGAGCCACGGGUCUUUUUUGCUCUGUUCCUUAUUUAAACAGCACACUCUUUCUCGCGCUGCACGAACAGAAUUGUGACUCUAUUGCGACAAUAUUCUUCCUUCUUUAUCAAGGCUCUUAAUAUAUUUGCGCAUAGGCAGUAAAUAAGUACUGGUCUUGGUCUUGAAGACCAGAUAAGUUUGGAAAGAUGAGUGGCACAGACUAUUCGUACGAUGAGCAGGGCCAAUUCUUCCCCUUCUUCAUCCUCACUGUCGUCGGAAUUGUGACUGUUCCCCUCACGUAUUCUGUCCUUAAACCCAGCACCGAACCUGGUGCACAUGCUCUUCGAAUAAAGACCGAUUUCCGACCAGAGCAUGCCGAUCUGAUUGAUAAUCAGCGCAAGGCGCAGAAGCGGAGAGAGAGGAAGCUUAAGAGGGGUAUUGCCGUCAUUGCAGGAUGGAUCAUAAUGGCGGGGAUGGCAUAUCUCAUUUAUGUCACGGCGAGGACGAUUCCCAAGAUAUGGAAUCCUUAUGAUAUUCUGGGUAUCUCAGAGAGUGCUACGGAGAAACAGAUCAAGUCACACUAUAAGCGCAUGUCUCUGAAAUUCCAUCCCGACAAAGUUCGACCCGACCCCUCAAAGAAUCAGACACUCGAGUCUCUGAACGACUAUUUCGUCGAGCUCACGAAGGCAUAUAAAGCUCUCACAGACGAGGAAAUUCGAAAUAACUAUAUCCAAUUCGGACAUCCAGAUGGGAAGCAGAGCUUCAGUAUCGGUAUCGCACUGCCGAAGUUCAUCAUCUCGGAAGGCAAUGGGAAGUACGUUUUGUUAGUCUAUGCGGCACUUUUGGGUGUCUUGUUACCAUAUCUGGUUGGCUCUUGGUGGUACGGCACGCAGAGCAUGUCCAAGGAGAAGGUCCUCAUCGACAGCGCCAAUGAACUAUUCCGCAAAUACCAGGAAGAUAUCACAGAGGGUGGUAUCAUUGGAGCUUUGAGUACGGGACUGGAAUUCCUAAAAGUCCUAAAGGGAGAGAAAGCAGAUUCCGACCUUGCAAAAAUCGAGUCAAGGAUUUUGAAAGAAGGAACUGUCUGGGGCCAUGUUGGAGGUCUUACUGAGAAGGACAAACUACAACUAGAAGAUCUAGAAGGUGGCGUCCGAAGGAAAACUCUUGCACUGCUUUGGUCGUACCUGGGCCGUGUCGAGCUUGACGACCCAGCACUCAACCAGGCGAAGUUCGAGGUUGCGCCCAUUGCUCACGCACUUAACAACUCCUUCACUGCUAUUUCCUUGGCUUUCGGCGCAGUCGCACCCAUACUUAAUUCAUACACAACCUCCCAGAAUUUGAUCCAGGCUGUUCCUCCUGGAGCAUCGCCACUUCUUCAACUACCUCACUUCACACCUGAGAUCGCAGCAGCGGUCGAGGGUGAUGCUAAGACGCACCUGGACUUACAACAGUACAUGCGACUACCCGAAGCCUACCGAAAGAAGCUUUCUGUUGGUAAGGGUCUCUUGACUGAGGCGCAAUAUGAGACGGCAAUCAAUGUGGCAAAGCAACUACCAAAUCUCCAAGUCGAAAAGGCAUUCUUCAAGGUCCCCGGAGAAAGGUUCAUCAUUCCCGGAUCUCUCGUAUCCUUCGUCAUCAAGGGACGUUUCAUCCCGCCUGGAAGCCAAAACAUCCCCGAAAUCAACGAACUCGACCUCGAAGACGUGGACCCAGAUGAGGAUGAUCUUGACGCCAUCAUGGGCCGCAAAAAGAAAUUCGGCAAAGAUGGAAAGCCCCUUGCUGAAGAAAAGCCAGUCUUCCCACCUCUCGCUUAUGCCCCCUAUUUCGCCCGCGACUACUCUCCCCGAUGGCACAUCUUCCUCUCAGACAGCAAGCAAGGCAAGAUGGCCGUUCCUCCUUUCACAUUCACAGCAUUCGACAAGCCUAUUUUCGACGAGAAUAACAAGCCUACAUUCAAUAUGCAGACCUUGAAGAUCUCGUUCCAGGCACCGCCACAAGCGGGUCACUACACUUUUGCUAUGCAUUUAAUCUGUGAUUCUUACGUUGGGUUUGACACGAAGAUGGAGGUCACUUUGGUCGUCGAGGACGCGAGCAAGGCAGAGGAGUUUGAUCCGGAGGAUGAUAUCAGCGAGCCUGAUGAGGACUCCAUAGCAGGACAAAUGGCGGCUCUCAAGUCAGGCGGGAUCACGGGUCCACCACCCAAGAAAAAGAAGAAGCCAGUUGUACAAGAAGAGAGUGACGAGGAGAGCGACACAGAUGGAGAGGUGGACGAUGAUACCAGUGAGACAGACACGGAUACAGACGAGGAAUAAAUAAAACACUCUCUUAUCCCUGCAUACCUCUUCUAUGAUAAUGGGCGGCUUUGACUUGUACAAAUAUGGGGUGGCAUGGUAGCCGGCGUUGAGACUGAAAAAUGUUUGAUUUGCGCAUUGGGUUCAGGGAGUCGAGCAUUUGAUCACUACUGCACUAUAUAGAAUGAGGAAUUCAA